AUGGCGAGCAGCGACAGCAGCCUCGCAGCGGAGAGCUUUGGCUCCGAGAGGGACGAGGAGGCCGCCCUGGGACUGGAGACAGAGGAGGAGUCAGAGGGCGAGGAGGACGAGACGGCCGUGGAAACCGAGGAGGAGCCGGACGGCAGGUUAUCAGACCAGGAUGAAGAGGGAAAGAUCAAGCAGGAAUGCAUCGUGUCUGACCCCUCUUUUUCCAUGGUGACUGUUCAACGGGAAGAUAGUGGCAUAACCUGGGAGACCAAUUCAAGUAGAUCUUCCACUCCCUGGGCCUCAGAAGAAAGUCAGACAUCUGGUGUUUGUAGUCUGGAAGGGUCAACUGUGAAUUCUCCUCCAGGGAAUGUUUCAUUUAUUGUGGAUGAAGUUAAAAAGUCUCGGAAGAAACCACGUAAGACAAAACAUGACUCGCCAUCAUUGCGUCGGAAAGGCAACAAAAAGAGACAUUCUUUAGAAUCCCAAGAAGAUGUUCCAGCAAACCAAAAAGACACUCCUUUAAUUUCAGAAAACCAACCACUCAAAUCUGAGAAAGAGAAGUCAUCUAUUGGCAUUUAUGAUAAAAUGAGAAAAAAGAAAACGACUUCAAAUACACCUCCUAUUACUGGAGCAAUAUACAAAGAACACAAGCCGCUAGUGUUAAGGCCUGUCUACAUAGGAACUGUUGAAUAUAAAAUUAAGAUGUUUAAUUCGGUUAAAGAAGAAUUAGUUCCUCUACAAUUUUAUGGAACACUGCCAAAGGGUUAUGUAAUUAAAGAAAUACAUUAUAGGAAAGGGAAAGAAGCGUCUAUUAGUCUAGAGCCAGAUUUAGGCAAUGUGGAUUCUAAUAUAGCUUCCAAAACAAGUAAAUCAGUGACUGAAAGCAAAAAUGAGGAUAAAGAAAAAGAUCUUGCUCCACCCUGGAGAAAUGUACUCUCCAAAGGAUCAAAAUCCUUAACCUCAUUGAUCAGUCAUGAAGAUCAAAAGAAAAUUCAUGUUGAUUCGCCCCUCAAUGUAGCAUCUGCAGCCAAGCACACCGUGUCCUCUUAUUCAAGUAAUGACACAACAAACCAAGAAGAGAGAACUGGAGAAAUCCAGUUCACUUCUUCUCAGUCAAUGCCACAACAGCCAGGUGAUGAAAUAAAAACCCAUGAAAUAGAGUCUUCAUCUCUUAUGCCUGAUACAUCAACAGCUGUUUUAUUGGAAACAGCAAAGGAAGAUUUUGAGCCUGAUUCACAAGGAACAACAAUUUCUGAGAAUGAUACUUCUGUCUCACCAUCUUUAAUUGAUGAAGGAAUGAAAGAAGAUGUAUAUUCUGCUGAGCAUUCCAUUUCAGUGGAGGCUGAGAAGGACUCUUUGGAGACAGUUUCACCAGGUCUGGCAACAUCCAUUCAUGACAGUUUUGGUACAGAAAAAGAACAACUAGACUUGACUUCGUUAGAAAGGGCAGAACCAGUCUCUGAACAACUGAUCCCUCCUCAUGACGGUGUCAAAGAAAAUAUGGAAGAAAAUAUACCUGAGCCAUCCAGUUAUCUUCCUGAACCACCAGUGUUGGCAGAACCAGAGAAAGAAGAUAUAGAAACUCCCCUACCAAUGACUACUACUCCUGAACCCAAAGAUUCUAAUUUUGUAGAAGAAGAGACCAUAAGACUUGACCACCCAGAAAGUCCAUUAGUUUCUGAGAAGUCCUUCCCAGCACAUUUGGGCUCUGAAGUGAAGGAGGAAAACAAGGAACCUUUUCUACCAUUAUCUGAAGUGGAGGAGGAAAAUGAGGAACCCUUUCUACCAUUAGUGACACCAGCAAUACCUGAACAGGUAGUGUUCUCUGAGGAAGAAAGAGAGGAAACUGGAUCUAUUUCUACUGACUCUGCCUUUGCAUCAGAGUAUUCAGUUCCACAGGAUUUAAACCAUGAACUAGAAAAGAAAGAAAUUGAGCCACUUUCUCCAUCCAUUGUAAAAGGUAUAUCUGAACAUACAGUUUUCUCAGAGGAAGAAAAUGAGGACUUCGAGCCUUCUUCCCCAGCUGAGGUCUCUGUGUCUGAGCACUCUCUCAUAUCACCCACAACUGAGGAGACUUCCGAAUGUCAGUCCCCACUGUCUUCAAUCGCUAUAUCUGAACAGAUGGUCCUGUCAGGAGAAGAAGCCUCAGAAAGUGAAUGUUAUAUGCCUGAUUCCAUAUCUUCUCCUGACUAUUCAAUUCCACCACAUGCACUGAAAGAGUCACAGAAGAAAACAACUGACCAUAACGUCCCAUUAGAAUCAGAAGGUUUUUCUGAGCACAUGAUUCUGUCAGAAGAAGAGAAGGAAGACAUUGGAUCAUAUUUCCCAGAUGUAUCCUCUGUACCUGAACACUCUCUUCCAAAUUCCCCAAGUCAGACUCCUGAAGGCCAAUCACCACCACUUUCAACUGCUACAUCCGAACAGGCGGUCCUGCCAGAAAUAGAAGACACAGGAGGUAAGCAUUUCACGUCAGAUCCAACAAUGACUUCCAAAUAUGCAGUUCCACCAAAUGAAACACAGGAAGUUCAAAAGAAAUUAAUGGAUGAUAUAGCCCAACUCAAGUCAAAAAGUGUUUCUGAACAGGUGAUUCUGACAGAAGAAGAGAAUAAAGACUUUGUACCAUAUUUCCCAGAUGUAGCUCCUCUAUCUGAAAAUUCUCUCCCACCACAUACAAUGGAAACAAUGUCUGAAGGCCAGUCUCCACCAUUUUCACCUACUCCAUCUGAACAUGUGGUCCUAUCAGAAGAGGAGACAGUAGAAAUGGAGCAGUACACACCCUCUUCCAUCUCCGCUUCUGAAUUUUCAGUAUUGCCACAUGCAACACAGGAGUCACAAAAGGAAGAAAUGGUACACAGAUCCCCUUUAAAUCUAAAAGGCACCUCCUCACCUGUGAACUUACCAGAAGAAGAGCAAGAAGACAUUGGACUGUUUUCUCCAGAUUCUGCGUUUGCAUCAGAAUUCUCAUUUCCACCUUAUUCAACUCAGGAAGCUGAGAAAAGAGAAUUUGAGCGUGAUUCUCCAAUAUAUUUAACAUCACCAUCAGAUCAUACCAUUUUGUCAGAUGAAGACACUGAAGAAGCUGAACUUUUUUCUCCAGACUCAGCAUUACAAUUUUCAAUCCCACCAUACAGAGUCCAAGAGACAAAGGAAAGUGAAGUUGAGCUGGACUUGCUGUUAACUACAAUGUCUGCCUCAGGAUCUUCUUGUUUUCCAGAAACAGAUGAGGAGGAAGUUGGAUCAACAGCUUCCACACCUGUACCUGAGCAUCUCAUUUUGUCACAGAAUCAAAAAGAUGCACCUUCUCCUCUGAUGUCUACAUUUGAAGAUUUGAAUAAACCAGAGGAGCCAGAAAUUAAGCUAGAUGCUCAAACAGCCUCAAAAUCUGUAUCUGAAUAUCUGAUUUUGGCACAGAGUCAGAAACUUCAAACAGCUUUUGUGCCUGAGUCUGAAGACUUGGCUCCACCAUAUAGAACCAAUGAGUCAAUGGAGGGCGAGGUUAAAAUAAGUUCAUCAGUAACUACACCACCUGUUUCAUUACCUGCAAAAUCAUCCAUGGUAAAGGAAGAAGAUGAACCUAUUUUGCCUGAAUCUCAGUACUCAAUAUCACCAGAUUCAGUCCAUGCAAUUAAGAAAGAACAGGAGCCCAAAGCAUCAUCCUCUCCAAAAACUGUAAAUGAACAGAUGGCUUUGCCAAAAGUGAGGAAGGAAGAAACUGUGCCUGGUUCUCAAGCAAUCACAGCACAUGUAUCACGGGAUCAAAAAAUGGAGCCUCAGCCUUCAACUGUUCCAGAGUCUGGAAUGAAAUAUUCAGUUGUGCCUGACAUGGUAGAUGAGCCAAAGAAGGACGUCAAGCCCAAUUUAGCUCCAAAUGUGACAUCUGAACUGGAGCAGAGAGUGUUGUCAAACAAUGAGCCUGAAGUAAUAAAACCAGAGUCACCUUUGAAGGAAGCAUCUUUAUCUGGACCUGAGGUUUCAUCAGCAGUGAAAACAGAAGUUAAACAUGAUUUGAAAAUAAGAGUUACACCUAGAGUUCCACAGUCAUCAGGAGAGGAAAAGGAAGUUGAAUAUAGUCCACCUGCACUAUCGUUUUCAGUUUGCUCCGAAGAAAUAAAGAGGGAAGUUGAAUCCAGUUCUUUUACAACCACAUCUGUAAUUAAGCAUGAGUCAAGUUUAACCAAAUUAUCAAAAGGAGAAAUCCCACCAGAUUCACCACUUCCCACCCCUGUGGAACAUCCGGUCUUAACAAAAGUAGUAGAGAGUGAGGUAGGAAUUGGCAUGCCACCACUUGUAGCCUCUAUAGACAAACAUUCAAUUCCUAAAGAAGAUGAAAAAGUAGCAGUUAUAGGUGCUUCUUCUCCCAUUGGAACUACUGCAUCCAAAUGUUGGUCAGAAACAGAGAAGCAAAUCAAACCUGAUUCACCUUCAAGUGCAUCCUCUAUUUCAGAGCACUCUAUUUUAUCCAGGGUAGAAACAGAAGAAAUUAAACCAGGGUUGACAAUUACCCAAACAUCUUCAUCGGUGCAGUCAGAUGUAUCUAAGGAAGCGAGAGUAGAAAAGGAACAAGACCUUUCAUUUUCUGCAGUCCUCAACUCUGAAGGUUUUAUUUCAUCACACACAAACUCUGUGUCUUCCUCAGAGGUGCCAGGACCUGAACUUUUGCUUUCACCCAAACUAGAGGGUGAAAUGAGAACAGAAACAGAGUUCCCUUCAUUACAAAACAUGUCACCUGCACCCAAACAGACAGUUCCAAAAGUCAAAAAUGAGGAACUAUGUUCUUCUCCCAAGCUGGAAAUUUUAGUGCCAGAAGACUUAGUACCAACAUCUACUACAAAACCUGAAAUUUCACAGGUUUCAUCGUGCUUUAGAGAGGAACCUCAGGACCAAGAAAUUGAACCUUUCUCUCCUAAGGGAAUUAGCUUAGGGUUAAAAGAAACAUAUACUCCUCUGGUUGAAGGAGAAAAUUUAGAAGAAGUUCAGCCGUAUACCAUUUCUUCAAAAGGAUUAUCAGAGGAGUCGAACCAUUCAAUCAACUUUAAAAAAGAAGAAAAACAAGAAAUAGGCCUAUUACCAACAACAGAAAAUGUGAAGUUUCAAGUGACUGGAAACAUUUUAGACGAAUUAAAUAAAGAAACCAGCCAACCAGAUUCAUCUCAUGUAUCCCAGAAUAUAAUAGAACCAUCAAAGAUCCCCUCUUCUGAUCUUUUGGAACAAAAGAAGCCUGAAAAAAUGCUUUAUCCAGAUAAAUCCAUCAAUUUACCUGAUGUAAGCAGCUCUUUUGCAAAUAAACAGGAUCUGGGUAGUAAACAACUUUCCUAUGUGAAAGAAAAAUUGCCUUUGGAAGAAUCAAAGUCAUUUGUGGCAACUGAGUUGACAGAUGUUAAAGAAACAAAAAUGAAAGGGCCUCUUAUUUCUCCAAAUGAUGAAAAUUGGAUGCUGGAAAAGCCAGAAAGAGAUUUGGCUAGUCAUCAUGAAGAAAGAAUCCCGGGAUCUGUGCAGCUGGGUUCCUCUGGCAGCAGUGAUCUGAUGACAGGGCAGCUUAAGGUUACUCUCUCAGAUAAAGAACAUACAUACGAAAUCAGAAAGCAGGUUCUGCCACAAGAACCAGCAUCUACUCUAGAGAGUUCCAGUGGUAAUGCAGAGACACUACCAGCUAAACCUUACUCUUUUGAAGAAAUAAAACUGACCCAAGAACCAAAAUCUGUAAUUCCAGCUGGAAAUGUAGACAAAAACAUAGCAGAGGGAAAGCAGAUCCAGUCUCUUGUGGAGAGUGAAAGUUUGUUAUUGGACAAAGCAAGCCCAGAAUUUUCUAGGCCAGACAAAGAAGACAGCCCAGAAGAAAUCAAAUUACCUUCGGAAGAAAUCCUCCAGAAACCACUUUCAGGCCCGUCAGUGCAACCAAUCAAGUCAGAAAUUAUUCCCUCUUCCACCAAAGCAGCCCAUGUCCUAGCAGCAGAAACAAAGUCUCCCCCAAGUAACAAGAACGAAACACAAAGGACCACACCUCUUUUACCUGGAGAGAAGCCAUUAGAAAAAUCAGAAAUGGUAAAAUCACAGGUUGUAGAUAAUGCUACCCCUGAAGUGAAAAUGCCCACACAAAGCAAACCCCUCUCCUCAGUCCAAGCUGAUGGGGCACCUCAGCCCCAAGAGUCACCUGAGGUAACACAAAGGCUGCCUGAAGAGCCUAAGGCAGUUGAGCCGGUCCUUUCUGAAGAAAAGGGAAAAAAAGGAAUUUUCUCUUUGAAAUCAUGGAUGUCCAAUUUGUUUUUUGGAUCAAGCACUUCAGAUAACCAAGUUACCAAAAAAGAAGAUUUAGAAGCACAGCCAAGUCAAUCUUCAGAAAAAGCAGGACCUGUGAUAGAGCCUAAAGGUUCUAUUCUAGACACCCCUGCCGAUUUGAAUACAACUGAGACACUUGCUAGUCAUCCAUUACCAGAGGCAAAACUUCAAGUUGCUGAAGAGUCUAGAGUUUCUGUAGUGAAACUUAGUGACGGAAAAGACUUUAAAGAAAAGCCCAAAUUUUUAUCAAAUGUAGAAGACGUACAACAGCUAAAUUCCAACACUGAGGCAUCUGGUAAGGAUUAUGAAAAGAAAGACACCCUAGAAUAUUCCGAAGAAAUGGACAUAAACGCAGUACUUACUUCUGCUGAUGGCAAGGAACAUCUUGGAAUGCAGCCCUUCAUGGGUGAGAAAUCAGUUCUAAGAGAAGCCAAACAUGUAGUUCCUGUUCACAUCGCUGAUAGUAAAAGAACCCAGAAGCCAGCAAUUGCUCCUCCUUCUACAUGGAAUAUUUCUAUUAUUAAGGAAAAGCCAAGAAGUGAUCAAAAAGAAAAAUCACUCUUUUCAUCUGAUGCAGUAGACCAGGUGCCACAACAGCCAAGUUCUGUUUCAUCCAGCUUCACAAGUAAAAAUAUCAUGAAGGAAUCAGAGACACCAAUGCCAAUGAUUUUGCCAGUGGACGAAUCAAAAGGAAGUUUAAUUGACCUUGGUGAAGACAGACAAAAGAAAGAAAUGUCGAAACCUACUUCCUUGAACAUUUCUGAAGAAGAAGUAAAAUUCAGGUCUGUUAGCCCAACUGAAGACAAAGAUAACUUGGAAACCAGAUCAUAUUCCUUGGCAGAAAAGAAAGUUCUGGCAGAAAAACAAAAAACUCUGGCCCCAUUAGAGCUUAAAGAUAAUAAUGAAAUACAAAAGGCACAUGUUAUACAUGAAUCUAGACCUAUUAAAUUAGAUGACGCAGAAGCUGCUGCUAUGCUGCAAGUCUGUCAAAGUGAAGACCACAAAGAAAGAUCCAGAAUUACUGUUGGUUCUGAGGAGAAGAAAGGAGAAGAAAGAGAAAGGUGGUCACAUAUAGUUUCUGAAGAAAAAACGCAGCAGGAAAUUCAGCCUUCUUUUGUGAACGCAACCAGGUCUGUGCUUGAUGAGCCAGAUAUCUCUUUAGGUCAUUCUUUGGAUGAAACACAAUCGUUUCCAUUUUCAUCUAAAAUUCAUACAUCUGAUAUGCCUAAAGAAUCUGUAUCUGUUUCGGAGCAUCAUUUGGAGACGGAGGAAGAUAUCCACGUCAAUGAGCCAUGCUCUUCAGAAAGCAGCAACUACACUCAAUUUAUAAUGAAUGCAUCAACAAGUAAUACUGAUUCAACUGUUCUUACUAAAGAAAUAGCCAAGGAGUCUGAUGAUGAAUUGACAGUGACUAGUAAGCCAGUUGGACUUUCAGAAGAUCAAAAGAGUGCCUUCAAUAUCAUUUCCGAAGGUUGUGAGAUAUUGAAUAUUCAUGCUCCUGCAUUUAUUUCUUCGGUUGAUCAGGAGGAAAGUGAACAAAUGCAAGAUAAGUUAGAAUAUUUGGAAGAGAAAGCCUCACUUAAAACCACGCCAUUUCACGAUGACAGUGAGACGGUUGCUUGCCAUGAAACAUUAAAGAACAAGUUAUUGAAUGAAAAUAAACCAACGGAAACUCUUACAACAAGAGAGGAAAUAGUCAUAGAUUCAGGAAAUAGUGACAUAGCUUUUAAUCAGCCCACAAUUUCCAGUGAAGAGGAUUAUUUUGAAAAAUACACUUUGAUUGAUUAUAACAUCUCUCCAGAUCCAGAAAAACAGAAGUCUCCACUGAAAUUACAUUUUGAAGAGGAAUUCUCAAAGGAAGUUUCAGAUGAAACAAUCUCUUUCCAAGAAAGUUUAGAGGAAAGUGCCCUAGAACAUGAAAAUGACUUGGUGAAAUUGGAUGAAAGUUUUUAUGGACCAGAAAAGGACCAUGGCAAAUUAUCUCACUCAGAGACCCCAAAAUCUUUGGUUAUCCAAAAAUUUGACAGAGAUGCUCCAAAGGGCAUAAACAGAGAUGCAAGUUCAAAGUCACCGGGGAUGCCAUUAUUUGAUGCAGAGGAAGGAGUUUUGUCACGAACUCAGAUAUUUCCUACCACUGACAAACUCAUUAAUCCAGAACACUUGGAGGAGGCACCUGCGCUUGCAUUUUUAUACAAGGAUCUGUAUGAAGAAGCAGUUGGAGAGGAAAAGAAAGAAGGGGAGAUAGUUUCUGAUGAUGACAGUGUGAAUUCUGAGGCAUCAUUUCCAAGUAGAAAUUCUGACACUGAUGAUGGAACAGGAAUAUAUUUUGAGAAGUACAUACUCAAAGAUGACAUUCUUCAUGACACAUCUCUAACUCAAAAAGACCAAGGCCAAGGUCUGGAAGAAAAGCCAGUUGGUAAGGAUGAUUCAUACCAGCUGGUAGUUGCAGAAGGGGAAAUUUGGGGGAGGUUUGGAACAAAUUUGGAGGAGAGAAGUAUGGAAGAGGAACAGAGAACUGUUUGCAAGGAAGGAGAAUCAGUCAGCCAUGUGGAGAUACUUGAUAAUGUAGAAGCUAAGAGGAAAGCCCCCAUCACUGAAGAAGUCAGGGUGGUUACUCAGAAGAUAAGCUAUGCAGUUCCAUUUGAAGAUACCCACAAUGUCCUGGAGAAAGUGGAUGAAACUAGUGGUGAGGGUAACGAAGCAGGAAAUGCAGCUCCAGAGCUCAAUCUGAAUGUCCCGGUACAAGUGUCCUUCCCAGAGGAAGAUUUUGCAUCUGGUGCAACUUGUGUUCAAGAAAUAGUGCAAGAAGAACCUAAGCUGGUCUCACCUGAGCCACAGGAAGAUAGGCGGCACAAUAUUCCUGUUCAAGAUGACUAUGAAUUUGCUGAAACUCUGGAUUAUGAAGUGGUCACUCAAGACAUUUUAUCAGAAGAACCAUGUCCCGACUCCACACUUAAAGAGGUGUUCUCUCCAGGAAAGCAAUCCACUGAACAUAUCAAUGAAAAUGAAUUUGUGAAGGAGGUGCAACAAAGUAUGUCGGCUGAACAGAAAGAGUUAGGCAGAGAGAGGACAGAACAAGAUCAAUUAUCAUCCGAGUUAGCAACUGAGAAGGCGCAGAGGGAACCGAAAAAGUCCCAGAUUGACUCGUAUUGUUACACAUGCAAAAGCCCAAUUUCUGCUAUAGACAAGAUAUUUGGCACCCACAAAGACCAUGAAGUUUCAACCCUUGACACAGCUAUAAGUGCUGUAAAGGUUCAAUUAGCAGAAUUUCUGGAAAAUUUACAAGAGAAGUCUUUGAGGAUUGAAGGCUUUGUUAGUGAGAUAGAAUCCUUUUUUAAUACCAUUGAGGAAAACUGUAGCAAAAAUGAGAAAAGACUGGAAGAACAGAAUGAGGAAAUGAUGAAGAAGGUUUUAGCACAAUACGAUGAGAAGGCCCAGAGCUUUGAGGAAGUGAAGAAAAAGAAGAUGGAAUUCCUGCAUGACCAGAUGGUCCACUUUCUGCAGAGCAUGGACACUGCCAAGGACACCCUGGAAACCAUCGUGAGAGAAGCAGAAGAGCUGGACGAGACCGUUUUCCUGACUUCGUUUGAAGAAAUCAAUGAAAGGUUGCUUUCUGCAAUGGAGAGGACUGCAUCUUUAGAGAACAUGCCUGCUGCAUUUUCUCUUUUUGAACAUUAUGAUGAUAGCGCUGCAAGAAGUGACCAGAUGUUAAAACAAGUGGCUGUUCCACAGCCUCCUAGAUUAGAACCUCAGGAACCAAAUUCUGCCACUGGUGCAACGAUUGCAGUUUAUUGGAGUAUGAACAAGGAUGAUGUCAUUGACUCAUUCCAGGUUUAUUGCAUGGAGGAGCCACAGGAUGACCAAGAAAUAAAUGAAUUGGUGGAAGAAUACAGAGUGACAGUGAAAGAAAGCUACUGCAUUUUUGAAGAUUUGGAGCCUGACCGAUGUUACCAAGUAUGGGUAAUGGCUGUGAACUUCACCGGAUGUAGUCUUCCCAGUGAAAGAGCAAUGUUUAGGACAGCACCUUCCACCCCUGUAAUCCGCAAUGAGGACUGCACAGUGUGUUGGAACACAGCCACCAUCCGAUGGAGGCCUGCCAACCCAGAUGCCACGGAGACCUACACUCUAGAGUACUGCAGACAGCACUCUCCUGAGGGCGAGGGUCUCAGAUCUUUCUCUGGAAUUAAAGGACUUCAGCUUAAAGUGAGCCUCCAACCCAAUGAUAAUUAUUUUUUCUACGUGAGAGCCGUCAAUGCGUUUGGGACAAGUGAGCAAAGCGAAGCAGCUCUCGUUUCCACUAGAGGAACCCGAUUUCUACUGUUGAGAGAAACGGCUCACCCUUUGCUGCACAUUUCCUCAAAUGGGACAGUGAUCAGCUUUGCUGAGAGGAGACGGCUGACAGAAAUCCCAUCAGUGCUUGGUGAGGAACUGCCAGCCUGUGGCCAGCAUUACUGGGAAAUCACAGUCACAGACUGCCCUGCUUACCGACUCGGCAUCUGCUCCAGCUCAGCUGUACAGGCUGGUGCCCUGGGACAAGGGGAGACCUCUUGGUACAUGCAUUGUUCAGAGCCACAGAGAUACACAUUUUUCUACAGUGGCAUCAUGAGUGAUGUUCAUGUGACCGAGCACCCAGCCAGAGUGGGCAUUCUGCUGGACUACAACAACCAGAGACUUCUCUUCAUAAAUGCUGAAAGUGGACAAUUGCUCUUCACCAUUAGGCACAGGUUUAAUGAGGGUGUUCACCCUGCUUUUGCCCUAGAGAAACCUGGAAAAUGUACUUUGCACCUGGGAAUAGAGCCCCCAGAUUCUGCAAGGCACAAGUAA